AUGGCGCGGGGAGCGCGCUUUGGCACCAGGCGGGCGCGGGGGUGCGGGGCGCACGACCGUGACACGCCCUCUGAAAUCCACUGGGGCUGGGGGCGCUUAGUCACUGAACUUGGUCGUCGAGUGUUCCGCGCCAAGUCCGCGAGACAGGUCUUAUUGCCCGGUGUCGGAAAUAAGCUGCCCGGGCGGGGCCGCCGAGUCCCUCGGCCCUCCCUCCCCGGAGCUGCCCCCUCCGCCCGAGCCUCCCGGGCUUCCCUUGUCGGUCCGCGCUGCGCUCCAACGCCCCCGCGCGCCCUGGCGCAAGCCCUCCCUGCCCCGGCAGCCCUCCGGCUCCCAGCGCCUGGUCUCCGGGACCCCGCGCGCCGCCCCGCGCCAGGGCUCGGCCCCAGAGCCGCGUCUGCGUCGCCGCCGCUCGCGCGGGUCCCGGCUAUGCGGCCCCGCGCCGCGCCCCGCGCCCCCGCCGGCGCCGGCGCCGCGCUGGGGCUCUGCAGCCUCCUGCUUCUGCUCCCGCCAGGACCCGCGUGCCCCGCGGGCUGCGCCUGCACCGAUCCGCACACCGUGGACUGCCGCGACCGCGGGCUGCCCAGCGUGCCCGACCCCUUCCCCCUGGACGUGCGCAAGCUUCUGGUGGCCGGUAACCGCAUCCAGCACAUCCCCGAGGGCUUCUUCAUCUUCUACGGCGACCUGGUCUACCUGGACUUCAGGAACAACUCUCUGCGCUCUCUAGAGGAGGGCACGUUCAGCGGCUCGGCCAAGCUCGCCUUCCUCGACCUCAGCUACAACAACCUGACCCAGCUGGGCGCCGGCGCCUUCCGCUCGGCCGGGAGGCUGGUCAAGCUGAGCCUGGCCAACAACAAUCUGGCGGGCGUGCACGAGGCCGCCUUCGAAACCCUGGAGUCGCUGCAGGUGCUGGAGCUCAACGACAACAACCUGCGCAGCCUCAACGUGGCCGCCCUGGCUGCGCUGCCUGCGCUGCGCACCCUGCGCCUGGACGGGAACCCCUGGCUCUGCGACUGCGACUUCGCCCACCUCUUCUCCUGGAUCCAGGAGAACGUGUCCAAGCUGCCCAAAGGCCUUGACGAAAUCCAAUGCUCCCUGCCCAUGGAGAACAGGAGGAUAUUGCUGCAAGAGCUGUCGGAGGCCAGCUUCAGCGAGUGCAAGUUCAGCCUCUCGCUCACAGACCUGUUCAUCAUCAUCUUCUCUGGCGUGGCUGUGUCCAUCGCCGCCAUCAUCUCCAGCUUCUUUCUGGCCACCGUGGUGCAGUGCUUCCAGAGGUGCGCCCCCAACAAGGACACUGAGGACGAAGACGAGGAUGAGGACGACUGA